AUGAAAACCUUCCCUGAAGCCGACGUUAUUUGGUGGAAUGCAACCGACUACUACAUUCAAUGUCCAUUCUGUGACGAAGUUCAUCGCCACGGCCUAAAUUGGAAGGCACAGAAGUUGAGAUAUUCACACUGCGAAAAGAUGGAGAGUUAUCUGUGUUGCUUCCCCUUGAAUGAUCAAGGUGAGGUUGCGUACGAAAUCGACAAGAGACGAGGACGAUAUAACAAUAUUUGUGUUUCGCAUGAUAGUGUUAGGGAGGAAAACGAUGAUGUUGAUCGUCUGGCGAUCCAGUUAGCUCAAAAGGCUACGGUUGCAGCACAAGGAGAAGAAAAAUUUGCGAGUAUUCACGAAGACUCGAAGGAGGUCGUCACCAUCAAUCCAGGACACGGAAUUGACCCAUUUGAACAGAAAAGAAUUCUGGAACCGAUCAGCGACUGUGCCAACGGGGAUGUAAAAGCGGUGCAGAACUACCUGGAGACCUCUAGUGAAGCCAACCUGUUCGUUCGGGGCCGAUAUUCCGAUGGUCGAACAAACCUUAUCAUCGCAGCAGUUGAGCAGAGCUCGGCGAUGAUAUCGCUUCUCAUUAAGCAUGGGGCUGAAGUAAAUGCUGUUACAAAUAGUGCAAGGACUGCGUUAAUGGAGGCAGCGCUCUUUGGUUGGGUCGACAAUGUGAAGAUUCUCCUCAAAAACAAUGCAGACAAAAAUAUUCGAGAUAGCGAAAAUCGACGGGCCAUUGAUCUUGCUCGAGACAAUUACAAAACCAGACGAGAGAGACACGAUCGUACCGGAGGCAAUUUCAUGACUUCAUCUUAUCGACGACUAGGUUGUAACGAGGACACAUUCCAAAGGGACAUUGAUCGUCAGGAAAUUGUACGCCUCCUCGGGGGGAGAACCGGAAGUCAAAAAAUGUUUUUGGGAAGCCUCCCACAUUAUUUCUGUCGAAGUCCUACUCUUUCAAACCCUCGCGAAUGCAAGACUCGCUUGUGUUAUACGGGCCGAUUGAAGAAUAUCCAAUUAGCCGAAGUUGGAAGACGGUGGCGCGGCUGGAACGAGGCGGGAAAUUCCCUUCCGUUGGCGCUAUGA